AUGGCUAUCAAGGUCGGCAUCAACGGCUUCGGCCGCAUUGGCCGUAUCGUCUUCCGCAACGCCAUCGAGCACGACGAUGUCCAGAUCGUCGCUGUCAACGAUCCCUUCAUUGAGCCCAAGUAUGCGCCGCCGGCAGCCCCCGCCAAUAUCUUCCUCCCCUCUUCAAUGCCGGAACUGACCGCCUUCUUCGUGCAGGAGUACAUGCUCAAGUAUGACUCUACCCACGGCAACUUCAAGGGCACCAUCUCGGUUGAGGGCAACGACCUCAUUGUCAAUGGCAAGACGGUGAAGUUCUAUACAGAGCGGGACCCCGGCAACAUCCCCUGGAAGGAUACCGGUGCUGAGUACGUCGUCGAGUCGACCGGUGUCUUCACCACGACCGAGAAGGCCAGCGCUCACUUGAAGGGCGGUGCCAAGCGCGUCAUCAUCUCUGCCCCCUCGGCCGAUGCCCCCAUGUACGUGAUGGGCGUCAACGAGAAGACCUAUGACGGCAGCGCCAAGGUCAUCUCCAACGCCUCGUGCACCACAAACUGCCUGGCGCCCCUCGCCAAGGUCAUUCACGACAAGUUCACCAUCAUCGAGGGUCUGAUGACGACGGUUCACUCGUACACCGCCACCCAGAAGACGGUCGAUGGACCUUCGUCCAAGGACUGGCGCGGUGGCCGCGGUGCUGCCCAGAACAUCAUCCCCAGCAGCACUGGCGCCGCCAAGGCUGUCGGCAAGGUCAUCCCCGACCUCAACGGCAAGCUCACCGGCAUGUCCCUGCGUGUGCCUACCUCCAACGUGUCGGUUGUCGACUUGACUGUCCGCCUCGAGAAGGAUGCCUCGUACGAGGACAUCAAGGCCGCCGUCAAGGAGGCCGCUGAGGGUCCCCUCAAGGGCGUUCUUGCCUACAGCGAGGAUGAGCUCGUCUCGAGCGAUCUCAACGGCAACCCCAACUCGUCCAUCUUUGAUGCUAAGGCCGGUAUCUCGCUGAACAAGAACUUCGUCAAGCUUGUCAGCUGGUACGACAACGAGUGGGGCUACAGCCGUCGCGUGCUCGACCUGAUCGCCUAUGUCGCCAAGGUCGAUGCCGGCAACCAGUAA